AUGGCAAAACAGCAACAACAGGAACCAAACUAUCCCAUGACUAUGAGGAAACGUGAAAUCAGUCCAGAAGAGACUACCGACAGAACUAGUCACCUCCAAGAUAGCAAAACUCUUGCUACCCUUAGCACCAGACGAGGCAAAAUCAGAGAGCGUACAGAUAAUGUUAUCAAAAACAUAUCUUGUUCGGAAACGAAAGGUGGAACAAUGGAUGGACGUCGACGUUCUGCAGGCAUUUUACAAAAUAUUGGUGUAGUUCAAUCCCGCUCCAAAAUCCCUUCAGGAACACUUUCCCCCAAGUCCACAAAAGAGUCAACAAGGAAAGCUUGCAUGCUAGCUAGGAUAUCCUACACAUCUCAACACGACAAUACUUAUAGAAGAUUCUCAAAAGCGGCUGUUGUUGAAAUCAGAUAG